AUGGAGGAUCCAGAGACCAGGCCCAUCGCUUCCGGGGCAAUUGCUCCAGCACUCACUGGUAAUGACGGCCCUCAUAAAGGCGACGUGCUCGUAAUCGAGCAGACUCGCGGUAUCACAAUCGCAGAGCACGAGACCACCUUCCUGGAAGCUAUCCGGCAAUGGCCGCAGGCUGUGGGAUGGGCAUUCCUUUUCUGUAUCGCGGUUGUCAUGGCGGGAUUUGAUGCGCAGAUUAUUACCACGUUCUUUGCGCUACCUGCUUUUCAGCAGCGAUUCGGGUAUGAGUAUAAUGGCCAUUACAUUAUACCGGCUCCAUGGCAGAUGGCUUUGAAUAUGGGAAACCCCAUCGGCCAGGUGCUUGGAGCUCUUGCCUGCGGCUGGCCUCUAGAAAAGUUGGGACGGCGGUUGACACUGGCUUUGUGCUGUGUAUGGUCCAUAGCUUUCGUUUUUGUCCAAUUCUUCUCUAAUAGUAUCGGUAUGCUCUGCGCCGGAGAGAUUCUCGGAGGUCUUGCAUACGGAUUCUAUGUCGUUAUUGCGCCCACAUAUGCAUCUGAGAUCUGCCCUCUUGCUCUUCGUGGUGUUCUCACAGCAUCAGUCAAUCUUGCUUUUGUAAUCGGCCAGUUUAUCGCACAGGGAGUGGCGGCAGGCCUCGAGAGCCGACUGGACGAAUGGGCCUACAAGGCGCCUUUUGCCAUUCAAUGGGUCUGGCCUGUGGUGCUACUUGUUGGUCUUGUAUUUGCACCCGAAAGCCCGUAUUGGCUGGUACGCAAGGACAGAAUUGAUGAUGCUCGCAAGUCAUUGUUGAGACUCUCGUCGGCCAAGAAUCGUCCGGAUAUUGAGGGAAUGCUUGUGAUGAUUGAACAAACCGAUUUUCUUGAGCGAGAAAUCGAGGCUACAACGACUUACUGGGAUUGUUUCAAAAAGGCGAAUUUAUUCCGUACCGAGAUAUCCGUCAUGGUAUAUCUCAUACAGGUCAUUGGUGGUAAUCCACUGAUUGCUUAUGCUACUUUUUUCUUUGAAACGGCAGGCUUGGAUCCUGCUCAAUCUUUUAACAUGGGUGUCGGUAAUACCGCCCUCGGGUUUGUAGGAACAUGUUUAUCAUGGCCAUUGAUGCUCCGCUUCGGUCGCCGCACAAUCUACAACAGCGGCAUGAUUCUCAUGACUAUCAUCCUCUUCGUCAUCGGCUUCCUAGAUCUUGGCCGCAAUAACACCGGCGUUGUCUGGGCCCAGGCCUCUCUAAUGGACAUAUGGACCUUCAUCUACCAGACUACAGUUGGCCCGAUAUGCUUCGUAAUCAUAUCAGAGAUCUCCGCAACUCGUCUACGUGGACGAACCAUUGCCAUAGCUACUGCCGUCCAAGCUGCUGCCAAUAUCGUCUUCACGGUUGUGUUACCAUACAUGCUCAACUCUGAUGAAGGUGACUGGCGUGGCAAAGCUGGAUUUCUCUUUGGGGCUAUUAGCUUUGCCUGCUACGGGUGGUGUUAUUUCAGAUUGCCGGAAUCGAAAAAUAGGACAUUUGAGGAGUUGGACAUCCUAUUUGAGCGAAAGGUUCCACCUCGUGAGUUCAAGAAUUAUGAUCUGUUGGCAAGUGAAGGUGAGCAUGUUGCGUGGGGAUGA